CUCAGUUUCAUUUCAAAGUAAAAAAGCAAAAAAUUGUGAGCUCGUAUUUGCUUUGCUUUGCUUCUUCUUCACUAUUCAUAAAACGCAGCACUUCGAGCUUUUCUAGGGUUUCUCUCUCUCUCUGCGCUUUGAAUUAGGGUUUGUAAAACAGGUUACGGCUAGGAAUGGACGGAGAAGAGUUGACUGAGCAAGAGACUGCUCUCUACGACCGCCAAAUUAGGGUUUGGGGCGCUGAUGCUCAAAGAAGAUUGAGCAAAUCUCAUAUAUUAGUAUGUGGAAUGAAAGGGACUGUUGCUGAGUUUUGCAAGAACAUUGUUCUAGCAGGGGUUGGUAGUUUGACAUUGGUGGAUGAUCGGGUAGCGACCGAUGAAGCACUUUUUUCUUCUAAUUUUUUGAUACCUCCUGAUGAGAAUGUGUAUCGUGGGAAAACGCUCGCCGAGCUUUGUUGUGAUUCCUUGAAAGAUUUCAAUCCGAUGGUUCGUGUUUCAGUUGAAAAAGGUGAUGUGUCAGGCUUUGAUGGGGAGUUCUUCAAUAAAUAUGAUGUUGUAGUUGUCAGUUGUUGCUCACUUGUGACAAAAAAAUCGGUCAAUGAGAAAUGCCGGAAGUUAUCAAAGCAUAUAGCAUUCUAUACAGUUGACUGUAGAGACUCUUCUGGUGAAAUAUUUGUUGAUCUGCAAGACCAUAUAUAUUCAAAGAAAAAACUUGAGGAGACCGUUGAAUGCAAACUGCAAUAUCCUAGUUUUGAGGAAGCAAUUUCAGUGCCUUGGAGAGCUCUGCCAAGGAGAGUGUCAAAGCUAUACUUUGCUAUGAGAGUGAUAGAAAAGUUUGAGGCUGAGGGGCGCCAUCCAGGAGACGUUUCGAUUGCAGAUCUUCCUGGUGUUCUGAAGCUGAAAAAGGAGCUUUGUGAGGCAAAUUCAUUGAAUGAAUCUCAUAUUCCUGAUGCACUUCUUGAAAGAUUGGUAACGGGUACAAGAGAAUUCCCUCCAGUUUGUGCUGUCAUUGGGGGAAUCCUUGGACAGGAGGUUAUCAAAGCAAUAUCAGGCAAAGGGGACCCCCUAAAAAAUUUCUUCUUCUUUGAUGCUGUGGAUGGGAAAGGGAUAAUAGAGGACAUUUCAAAUUCAAACCCUAAAAGUGGAAGCUGAGCAGCCUUUCUGAGGGUAGCUUUUGAAAUAGAGGAUUGACAAGAGGAAUCGGUCGUAAGUUGUGUGUAGAAAAUUAAAGAAUUUUGACAAGAAGAAACUGACCUGCAAUGGAUAUAUUAUUGUUCCUAAUAUUGAAGUUAAGAUAACACUACCUUGUUAGAGAGAGACCGAUAUUUCUGCAAUUGGAAUUUGCUGCAUUGCUAUUGAAUCUUAAGUUAUGAUGCAUGAUGCUUGGAAUUGUCA